GAGAGAGAGAGAGAGAGAGAGAGAGAGAGAGAGAGCGAUGGGUGGGGGGUGCAUUAGUCUCAGUCCAGCAGCUCCUGUAUCAGAAGUUGCAGCAAUGGGAAAUGGACGGGAUGAGAUUUUAAUGUGCUCACCUCAACCGACUGUGUGUGUGCGGACAGUCUGCGUCUGAUAUGGGUUCGGACUGCGAAAGUUACUACAGCCAAGAAAACGUGUACGUGCUGGGCUUCACGUGUCCGAGAGCAGAAAAUGACACUGCCGCACUUUUCUGCUGCGGGUUCAGUGACUUGAAGUACUGUUGUGAUGACCCCAACAGCUUCUUCCCCUACGAAUAUGGAUACAUGUGGUGGUUAAGUCUUGGAGCUCUGGUGGGUCUCUCUGUAGCAGCUGUGGUUCUUCUUGCCUUCAUCAUCACUGUGUGUGUCCUCUGCUACCUCUUCAUCACCACCAAACCCAAAGGUCUGGACAAUGGGCUGCCGCUCCGAGCACCAGGUUCUACACCAAGUCCACAGGGACCAGAGCACAGUCAUGCCAGCGCUCUUGCUGGUCCUCAAGGUUUCAGGAAACACUUCCUGAGGGGGAAGCUGGACUGUGACAACCAGCCCCCAGAUCCUGACCGACUUUUCCAGCGUUGCUUCAUGGCUACUGUGACGUCUAUUGACGUCGAGGGUCCAGCGUAGACAUGGGGACUAUUCGACUUUUUGACCAGUUACUUUUACUUUGAUUCCUUUAAGCUGGCUGCCUACCUGUUUUCUGCGAUACUAUCCUUCUUCUUCAGAAGGCUACAGGUUGGGCUGAAUGUAGAAUUCCACAUCAUCGGACCAAUCCUAAGAGGAACUGUCAUUGUUUCAAAGUUCAAAUGUAUUAAUUGAGAAAAGUUAUAAAGUUAUACUUUAAUGAGUCUUGUAUACUGUUUGUUUCUAAAUGUGCUUUUGUAACGUGUCUUUUGCAGAGAGUCAGAACAACACAAAACUCUCAUUGAAAACUGUUGGAUUUUGGUUUGAUUGCUCCCACUGUUUUGUUGCCUUAUUACAGGCAGCUUGAAGGAAAGUCAACAAAACAUUUAAAGACUGUGAUUGACAAUCAAAUAUUUUCAUGGUGGUAUGUCUGCAGUAACGGGUCUUUGGAAAAUGAUGUUGGCCUCGGUCCAAAAUAUAGAGUACUGAAUACAGAUCAUUUAAAUAAAUGGUUUUAAUUGGGUUUGAAUAGAUGAGAAGGGCUGAGUUGUGAUACAUUUUUUAGAGCCCAUUUCCAUGCAAUUUCCCAAAAGUUUUAGAAUGAGAAAUUACUUUACUAUAUUGAAUGAUGAGUAAUGAUUGACAUCAUAGACUCAGAAACCUGAAAAACAAAGAAAAAAAAACAUUGUGGCCUGAAGAGCUGUGUCUAAAUUUGUGAGGGCAUUGAGCUUGCCCACAUCCUGAUGACCACAAACUCACUUUUUAGAUGAAGAACAAAUAACAGAAAAUGUAUGUUAUAAAUUAGGAUCAUUUAGGACUUUGACGAAAGGUGUGGGUGUUUCACUACUGAAUGCAUUAUGCAAAUUGAAGGCUCAAGCGUCUUUGGAGCUCGACCUGUACUAAAGUCAAGAUAUCAUAUCUCUGUCUCAUUUCAGAUGCCCACUGGAAGUCUUUCCAAAGUAGAGCAUCUUCAUGCAGCCUGUUCUACAGCAGCCAUAUUUACAACAUAGUUCAGAGUUGUUUUGCCAAUAUUUUUAGCCUAGAGAUUGCAGCAUCUGUCAGUCUGUCAGUCUACCAAUUUUGAAAGAUUUUUACAAAAUUUUGUUCAGUCAAGGUCUCCAGAGUGUGAAAUUCUUCUGAAUGGAAGGAAGGGGUUCACCAGGAGAUUCAGAUUCAGAUGUCUUUGGCAGAAGUAUGUAUUGAAAGCUUGUUGCAUCAAGGAGAAAAGUAGUGCCGGAGUAGUGCCACACCAGUUCCUGAAGAAAUCCUCUCUAACAGGGUGUAUAAAACUCACAGCAACACAUGGUUACAUCUCACAUUUUUUUGUACCAUUUCCAAAUAAUGCUAGUCUGUGUGAAGACUCUAAACCUGAACAUAGUCACCUGUCUUACCUAUCUACUGUUACAUGUGUCUUGCCUUUUGUUGUACUUCUAGGUCAUCCUUGUCUGGAACUGGAUUUGGGCAGUUCUCUCUUAAUUAUGCUUUUCCCUGUAUCCUUAUCUAUAAGAUUUUGAUCGUCGUGGUUACUGAUGUUAGGAAUGGGGUCCUCUGGACACUAUCACACAGAGGAUGAAUCCUUCUGACUUGAUGGAAUGCCAUGAGACUUGGUACACAUCCUUUUGGUGUGAAUUGUUGUCUUUCACCAUCAUGUGACCUCAUGAUGGUGAAAUCUUUAAAGAUUUGUCCCAAAACUUUGGUUUAUGACCAGAUACCUGCACAAAGUAAUCAUGCUCCAAUCAGCCCCAGCUCUCUUCUUUGUGUGACAUAAAUUGACUGCACAGUCAAGUAUUUAAUUCAUGUCAGCUGGCUAGCAUUUUAUACACACACACAGAAGCUGACAGGAAGCUUACCCAGUUAAAAUAAGCUGCAUUUAAAGAUAAUUGAGCAGAAAACAAGAGCAGCGCAUGCUGGCAACAGGCUGUCUCUGACACCAUGAAUGGAGCCACAAUGUGACACAGCUGCUUUUAAGAGCAUUUAAUCAAGAAACUUUUUAUGGUCACAUUUGUCUUUGAAAUGGAGCUAUAAAAGUCAUUGUGUUUCAUCUAAUGUGGACAUAUAAAGUUCAGGAACCACUGGCAUGAGAAUAGGUGGAUUAAUGUUGUUGACUUGUUGAUUUCCCUGUGUUCAACCAAAAAUGAGAUAAACCAUGUCACAUAUGCAUACAUCAAUUCUGUACUUUGUGAAAAAUGAAGAGCGGUGACAGUCUGGAUACAUCUCAGCUGUCAGUCUGACAUUCUUGUCCUGUAACAGUUUGUUUUGAUAGCCUCAUGUUGUAGCUAAAAAAAAUCUCAUGUGUGCCAUGACCUCUCAGCUCAUUUUAGCAAUAUUCAUGUAUCUGUUCAUAAACUUGUACUUAGAGCAAAAUAUUUGUCAGCUCAAGUGCCUCUUACCUUAAUGUGUAUUUUCCAAAGUUACUAAA